AUGAGCACACCUACACCAUCAUACACACCCUCUGGGUCUAAGCCUGGUACUCCAAGUGGUGGUCCUGGAGGUCCUCAAUUGCUUUUGAAGCGACAGUUGCAGGGUCUUGUCGAUGAUAGUAACAUUAUGGAAUGGGAAAUAAUGAUUAUUGGACCUCCUGAUACCUUGUACGAAGGUGGAAUCUUCAAGGCCAGGCUGACCUUCCCCGAGAAUUUUCCACUCUACCCACCAGAAAUGCGUUUUAUAACCAAGAUGUGGCACCCAAAUAUCUACCCCGAUGGGAAAGUCUGCAUCUCAAUUCUGCAUGCUCCUGGAGAAGACCAGUAUGGGUUCGAGCAAGCUGGCGAGCGAUGGAUGCCAGUUCACUCUGUCGAGUCGAUCCUUGUUAGUGUCAUCUCAUUGUUGAGCUCGGACACCCCAAACACGGAUAGCCCCGCGAACGUAGACGCUGCCGUUCAAGUUCGUAACGAUAUCACCGGAUAUCGCAAGGAAGUCCGAAAGCUUGUUCGACGAGCUGCUGAAGAGGCAUAUGAUUAA